GCGCUCUUCCUCGCUUCACAGGUAUAAGUGACAGCGUGUGUCGCCGGCCCCGCAGAAGGGCAGUGCUCGUUGACGCAUGCGGGAGUCGUAAUAGAUUGCAUGGGAGAAAAGUGAACCUGGAUAAAAUAGCGAGUUUAAAAUUUCGAAUGAUCGGACAUUUUUAGGAACAAAUUUACAAUAUUACGCGAAGGAAAGAGCUUACUGAGAUAGUACUGCAUACUUGCACAUGCUCCUAGUUCACUUGGACUAAGUCCGUCGUCGUGUUGUCAAAAUAGCAGAUUGACGUGGUCCGUUAAGCGUCAAAGAAGUGGGCGGAACGCUGUGACAGCUUGUCCGGCGUCAACGACGUCUCUGUGGUGGGCUGAUCGAUCACCUAGGACUGAACUUCCGAUAGUGCCUCCCGUUUAAUCUGUGUAUACUGUGAUCUUCAAGGACAGCUAGGUUACUCUACAACAUCAGGUUGUUAAGGCUUCUGGAGACAAACAUCACGGAGAAGAAUUUACACCAGCCCCUUACGCUGAACUUUGCGAAGUUCGUCUUGUUUCUGAUGACGCUUUCGUAUGUAACGUCGUCGCAUUUUGGUUAGUACUAGCAAGGCUGCAAUUUGGCGUUUCAAGACGUGUGAUUUUAUGAAAUCAUCGUGAUGUGUGGUAGAGGCACUAGGCAAGAACUAAAGGAGAUUUAAACCUCGGAACACACCAACGCUUCUCCGAGGUAGCCUUAUUAUAUUCAUCUUGUAAACAUUCUGUACAUUUGUUCACUAUGAAAAUCAUGAACAUGGCUUCUGUAACCACAAUGACCCCCACCGGCGGUCCCACCGGAACUCCCACCGUGGGCAAUUAUUCGGGAUGGCACGUUCCACCAGAAAUUGCCAAGUAUGUCAGCACGCCACCCAUCAGCCCGGUCAGUCUAAACGCCAUCCUUCAUGGUCAGCCCAUAGUGACCAGUCCUGCGAUCAGUAACUCAGGCUCGGACUCCUCUGGCCAGUCCUCACCCGUGGACAUCAACCUUCUCUUACAGACCAGGAUGGAGCUGGUAUGGCACGGUGAAUUUGACCGUCUCUUCAGCCAGUACUACCCUCACGCAUGGUACCUGGUGCCCACCUUCUAUCCUCCCAGCGAACGCUGGCAAACGUUCAAAGACAGCGCCAAAGUCCGCUUCUCCUGUCAGUGUGGCCAUGGUUGGACCUCGAUGAAAGGCCGAGUAAUCUUCUGGUUUCAUCUGAACUACAACACGAAUUCCGGUUACGUCUUGUUCAAGCUGUACGGUCAGCAGUGCAUGCGAUGUAAGAACGGCUGUUUCGAGCACGCCAUGUGGUACCCAGAGGAAGUCAUCAAGGUCAUAGGCAAUGUUUACAACCGAGUGGGCCAGAUUUACUACGGCUUUGUGCGCCCACCCCUCAGGAUUGAUCGUCGGGCGGGAAAACCCCGGAAUCAGCAUAACGCCGACCUGUGCCAGGCAUGCAAAGAGGGACUCUGCAAGGAAGAGUGGGCCUUCACGUGAUAACAGCGCCACCUAGUGACAAGCUUUAAAAACCAUCUUCCAAAGAUUUAAAUCUCAUUCCAAGUCUAUGCAAUAUGCAAUAUAGCGACAAGCGGAUGAUUUUAUCCGUCAGACGAGGUUUGUCCAAGUGUGAUGUGAAAAAAAACUCCAAAAAGCAAACAAAAGCUGAAAAAAAAGUUUUUAUGCGCAUGUGCUAAUGGUUAUAUCACGUGACAUAUGUGUGAGAACAUGUAAUAUUAGGUCAUUUGUUUAUCGAUAUUUGUUUGAUAUGGUUGUCUUUUUGUUUUUUCUUAUUGUCCUGCAUAUAUAUGCCUUUUAGCGCAAUUUUACGCAUUAAUUAUAGCCUUCUAAAAAAGACAUUUACCACAUUUCUUUAAAAAUAUUAAUAUUUACAUUCCUUUUUCACGCGUCACUUCCAUAUCUACAAAGUAGCUUUUUACUCGUGUGAAUGUAAUUAAAAAAUGGUCUUGGAAUGACCACAUGCAUCUGUGCAGCAAAGGAGGAUAUUCAUAUUCGCCCAUUUCAUAUAUUAAAAGUUUUCUUUUUGGAGCCCAUGUAGAUGCAUGUAAAUUUUCAAAUAAUUAAUGAUAUAAAAUUCGUCAAAAAUUUGCCACGGAGAUGGUAAUUUUUCAAGAAUGAAUGAUUUUUCUAGAUAGCACAUGGGCACUGUGAAAGCCGCACACAAUUUCAUUAAAAGCCAGAAGAUAUUGUUUUGUUGCAUUUUAAUGCGUGGCAAAACAUCCCUUAAUCCCUGAAUAAUCGAAACGUUAUUUUAGGUACCGUGUUUGCAUAUCGUCAUUAGGUGUUACCUGGGAUUAAGAUAGACGUCUGUCUCAAUCCCAGUUGUUACAGUAUCGUAGACACCGAUGGAAUAAUAAAGUUCACCAAUACAUCGAAAUCAUCGAAAAAUAAAAUCUUAUAAUUGAUUUUGCCCCAGGCACUGCUUUAUAACCAAGUCAGUUUACGUAAAAUGACCAUAUCCCACCAGAAGUAUGUGUAUUAAACUCAGUUCUUUCAGUUCAACGUUGACUUUUACAAUCUUAUGCGAAACAAAUAUGGAGUUUUUUUACAUAUACUUGCUUCUAUCGGAGAAAUAUCGUCCUGGUCUGAAUCUCACUGUGUUUUCACAGGAGAAAAUAGUUUUCAAAUAUUUACCCCCAAUUAAGCAUACGGUAUAAAGUCAACAUAAUUAUAAUCUUACUAAAGGAAAACCUGAUGCAGCAGACAAGGAAUAGAAUAUUGCAUUCGCAAACACCUUCUCACGUGCAUGUAAACUGAUAGAUAUAAAUUUCCCCACAUUUUCAAUACAGUGCUGGAAAGAUUUGUAGGGAUUCAGAUUUUCUGAACCUAUUUCCAUUUGGUCCAUAUUUUGUUUUCCAACAUUUUUGUCAGUUCUGUUGCCUGUGAAUAAACUUUAUUAUUAUAAAGUUUUUGAUUGGUCAUUUUUCAUCUUAUCACAUUGCUCAACAAGCAUACAACCUAUGAAUAUCCAUUGUUCACAGUGACGUUGCAGGACCCAGUUGUUCGAAAGUGUAUUAGCUAAUACUGGUAUAAAGUUCCUUUUUAUAGUUAAGAUUUAAGCCAAAUUCAGCAGUCGUCCAAAGUCAAAGUAUAACAGGAGCAGAUUUUAGCUCAUGUUAAAUAUACUGUUACGUAAUUAGUUUUUGUCUAAGUACUAAAUUGAAGACUUGGCUUGACGUUAUAUCUGGUUUUGAGUCUUAAAAUAGUUCAGAACAACCCGGACCUGAACUGCAAAGUGUUAGACAAUCCUUCCAUCUGUAUGUGUAGGUAGGUAAUCAGCAUAAUCCCACCUUGAUCCGCGCACUUUUCCCCCUGUCUGUUGUAUACACAUAUAUCUUAUUACUGUUGUAGGGUGAUGUAUACUUCUACUUGACUUACAAUGAUCGAUAUAGUGCACGCGUCCAGCUGUCAUAAUGUUGCUAUUAUACCUUUGUACACGUGAUCUUGGUAAAAUAAUUGCCCAUGAUGUAAUUAUCGUCCAUAUUUAUAACCGCGGGUGCUAAUCAGCUCACUUAUAACGUAUAUAUAAGCGCAUUCCCAUUAUGGCUGAUCUAUAGAAAGUGGGAUUCUUUUAGGUUUUUCUAUUGGCUUUAUGUUAUACUUUAUAGUGAAUCUACUGCCUCGUAAUCAAACAAGAACUGUAUAACAGUGCGCAGAUUUUUUAUUUGGUUCUUUAAUUCCGAACUUCAUUUGGCCUAUAUGUGCAUAUUUAGUUCUUGGUUUGCGCACAGGCAUAAUCCUUUCUUGGUACGCAGUGGUACAGCAUUUUCCGUGGUAGCUUUAUUUUACGUGUUACCAUGUAACGACUAUAGGAAGUCUUGUAUAAUAUUCCACCGUGGCAAAUAAACGCAUUUUGAUACAAGAGCCUUUACUGAAUUUGUAGAUAGCCCUGUAAGAUUAAUAUUUUCUGAAUAUAUACACGGUAUAAAUUUUUUUUGUGAACUUAUAUUUCCAUGCAUAAAUACGAUUCCGUAUUUGAAAUGUCUGCCCCUUGAGUGACAAGACGGUAAAAUUUAUACACGCGCUCAAAACUAUGCAUGUAUUCAAAACUAAUGCAUUCGCUAAAAUAUCUCACUUUUGAGUGUGUGUAUAUAUACUAUACUACCACCCACCGACAGUUUAGAGUGUUUUCGGUUAUUACGAUCAAUAUACCUUUCAUAUAUAGUAGCCAUUUCGCUGAUCACUAUCAAGCUGUUAUAGCGCGUGAAAAGGCGAUAGUUUACGCGCCAUAAAUUGCUCAAACUGCGAGGAGUUCAUGCACGUGAAAUCUCAUAGCUUAUCAUUGAAGAACAUCAUGUAUAGAAUGACAUAUACAGCAUAAAAUUUCAUAUAUACAUAUUACCAGUUGUAAGCCUAUAUGAUUGCAUUCGCGCAUGUUCAUGCAAAUUGGCUUCAGCACGAUCAAUGAAUUUGGUUGUUUGAACAUAACGUAAGCAAAUUCUUUAUCAAGGGAAAAGUUCAACCACGUUCGUCACGUUGAAAGUGCCAUGUAUAUACAAAUGUAUUGAAACAUAAGUCCAUGAUUGAACAUAAUUAUAUUGCCUGAUAUAAAAGGUGUAAGUGGCUUUACAAAAUCCAAAUGGAGGUUUGAAAAUCUGUGUCUACAAAGAUCUGUAUUCCAAAGUAUUGGAAUUCUAGCAUUUAUUGCACACAAAAACAGCACGAUUUGUCGAACCCACAGUUCGUAAUUUUACGUAAGGAUAUCAAUAAUUUGCACUAUUACUUUUGAUAGCAUCACGAUUUCAGGAUGUUGCACUUGCAAUGACCUGCAUCAUUUUUUGCAGUUAUAUACAGCUCGUUAUUAUAAUUACAUAUUAAUGAUCACCACUUUGAGGUUAUAACUAUAUUGUUAGCACAAACCAAGCCGGAGGGGAGGGGGGGGGGGGGGGUUAAACUUUUAUCGCACGCUAUAUUUUUUUCUGGCUUCUCUGUGUGAUGGAUCUCUAAACAACUGGCCAAAUGCACCUACCAGACAUCGUCCUGCACAUUUUCACACUUGUUAAUGGACACGUGUGUCCUUAUUUCUGCGGCCUUUCCUGUAUUGUGUACGUGUGUUUCAUUACAUGGAAGUUACACUUUUUACAGUGUAAUCAAUUUGCCUUACAAUCCUGAUCACAAUUUUGUUCAUUUAUAUAAUGUAUAACCUCAGGAAAUCAAAAACAAUUUUCUUCUGUUAAAAAGUUGCAACUAUUUCUUUCAUAUUUUAUUGUUUUGUCUGUUUGUUCAAUUUGAAUGUGUUAAGGCGUGCUCUAUUCUUAAUGUUGAUGUUAUAAUG